UGUACUUCUCACUUCCUGAAGUGAACGCGUCUCAAAUAUGUGGAGUUACAAUGAGAGGAUAACGUGUAGCAUUCAGGAAAUUUGACACACCAAAUCAGGACAUAUUAUCCAACAUUAACGCUCUGUCCACAGAUUACUCUCACAUUCCUGGUGUAAAGCAUGUUCCUGUGGCAAUAUCUGACACUGCUGCUGCUGACAACUGUUCAGAUAUGUAAAGCUGAAGAAUGUGCUGAGUUCACAGACCUAAAGCUCGCGCACGCCAUCAUCGGCACCAGCAUUAGAGUUAGGUUGUUGCUGUACACCAAGGAAAAUGCCACCUGUGGUACGCUGCUCUCCCACAGCAACCUAUCCGCUCAUCCCCAGUUCCUGCUGACCAGACCUACUACUUUCAUCGUUCAUGGGUAUCGGCCCUCUGGAUCUCCACCGAUAUGGAUAAACCCAGUUAGGGAGCUGCUGCUGGAGAGGGCUGACCUUAAUGUGAUAGUAGUGGACUGGAACCACGGAGCUGCUAAUGUGAAUUACAUGAAGGCAGUGGAGAACACACGGAAGACCGCAGCUAACCUCACAGCUUUCAUUCAAAAGAUGAAGAACAAUGGUGCCUCCUUAAGCUCCAUCCACAUGAUUGGAGUCAGUCUUGGAGCUCAUAUAUCAGGCUUUGUCGGUGCUAACUUCAAUGGAACAAUUGGAAGAAUUACAGCUCUGGACCCUGCUGGGCCAUUGUUCACUGGCAAAUCUGAGAAGGACCGACUGGAUCUUACCGAUGCCCAGUUUGUGGAUGCUCUUCAUACAGACAUAGAUGCACUGGGCUUCAGAGAACCACUAGGCCACAUUGAUUUCUAUGCUAAUGGAGGAACAGACCAACCUGGCUGUCCACGGACCAUUUUUUCUGGAGGAUCCUAUUUUAAAUGUGACCACCAGAGAUCAGUGUUGCUCUUCAUCGACUCUCUGAAUAGAACGUGUUCCAGCAGAGCCUUCCCCUGCGACUCCUACAAAGACUUUCUGGAUGGAAAAUGUUUGAAGUGUGACCAGUUUGGCAGUCUAGGAUGUCCUGUCUUUGGUUACAAUGUCACACAGUGGAAAGACAUCCUGCAGAAACUUGGCCAAACAAAAACUUACUUCUCAACAACUGCACAGUCUCCAUUUUGCAAAACAAACUACAUGUUGGAAGUGAUGAUCUGGAACAAGGAAGAGCGGUGGGGAUACUUGACUGUUAAACUCCAUGGCAAUGGUAAAGAAGCGGUGGCAACUAUCGACCACAAAGAAUCAAUGUUCAGGAAGUUCACGGAGACCAAGCUGUUGGCACAGUUUGACCAGGACAUUCAGUCAGUGGAAAAGAUGUCACUCAAAUUCUCCACUAAUAGUGUCUGUGAACCUAAACGUAAGCUCCGUGUUCUCCGUGCCCGCCUCACACGCCUGGAUGGAAAUGAGAAGCGCCUGUGUCGAUACGAUGUCCUUCUUGCGGAGAACAAAGAAGUCAUCUUCAAGCCUCUACCCUGUGAAGACAACAACUUCUGACACACAAUUCCUAAGUCCAGUCCAGAAUAAGAACAAGAACAAUAUAUCAAAAAGGAGCAGCCAGAUAUUUGUGAACUGAACUGUGAUCUAAAAUGAAAAAUUAUAUAUGAUGUUUGCGCUUUUAAGAGAAAAUAUAAAUUUACUGUACAUACCUACCUGUAUAUCUUUAUAGAAAAAUUACUUUUAAAAAAUGAUUUACAUUUCACAAAUAAACAGUGGAAGAAAAA